AUGAGAAACCGCGGGCUGCACACGAACCAGCUUGCUGCUGAAAUCGCCCAGCCUGGUAUCGGAAGCGAAGAAGUCCCCGCUCUCGUUAUCGACGACGGCAGUAUCGGCCUCGGCCAGCUGGACGGCUCCUUUGAGGAAAUGUCUUCCUCUUCGCAACGCCGUCAGCGCCAGGAACGUGAGGCGGAACUUGCUCAUGGCGAUCGCAUUAUUCCUUCCCGGCUCACGGGCGCAAAUUCUAUUGUCGUUCCACUGCGCCCUAAUCUGGCGCGCAUUCCCGAAGGGCCCAUUUCUUAUGCUUCGAAUUCGUCUCUUCGGCUUGGUCCCUACACCGUUACUAAUCCCCACCCUAGUAGGUACGAGGAUGGAGAAGUUCGCCGUUAUGGGGCCGGAGAAUCCUACCGACCAUUCAACCGUGAUCGAUCACCACCACCCCGCGCCCGAAGCCCGUUGAGGGAACGGCCCCGGACCCCGCCAGUGGCUAGCGAUAGUUACGUACCUGGCAGAUCUCCCCGCCGCCGGUCGCGUAGCAUAGACCGCUUCAGGCGAGAACGGUCCAGAGAGCGAGGCGGCGGCGAAAGCUGGCGGCGAAGCCGCAGUAGGGUUCGUAGCCCAAUUCGGCGCCUCUCACCGAGACGAAGCCCUAUCAGACGCACACCUCCCCGAUUCAUUUCCCCACGCCGGGACGACCGAGGCCUUGAUAGAAGAGACGACAGAAGGGACGACCGAAGAGACGACCGGAGGGAUGACCGGGAUGAGCGGCCCAGGUCGCCCAUGCGCCGGGACUUUGAGAUGAGGGAUAUUAGGCGGAGAUCGCGGUCCCCGUUUGAGAGGGAUAGGCCGCUGAUUCGUCGGGACCGAUCACCCCCGAGACGCUCGCCGCCUCCUGGGCCACGGGGAGGCGGCAUGUAUCGCCCUCGCUCUCGAACGCCGGAUCGACGAGAUCGCGAUGACCGCUACGUGGGACCAUCGUAUCGGCGCCCGUCACCACCGCCUAUUCGGGACUCCGUACACUCUUCCGCGCUGCCUUCACGAUCUGUGUCAGGCAGGUCCUCACCCCGGCCCACAUCUGUACGCCGAGACGACCGAUCCGUACCGCAGUCUCCGGCUGCGCGAUCUCACAUAUCGAACGCACCGACGCCCACUACUGCAAUCCCGCCGGUUCGUGACACCCCAAAGCCACAGCCGCCGCCUCCUCAAUCCUCACAACCAGCCGUAGCCAGCCAGCCCACCCCAAAGCCCCACGCAGGAGAUGCCAAUUCGACCCCGGUGAAGUCACCCCCGAGAGGCCCUGCCGCCCUUAGAGUGCCACCCACAGGGCCCGCGGCAGCGAGGAACUUCACGGCCCCAGCAACACCACAAGCUGCACCCUCCCCUCGUCAUCUCCCACCGGGUCCCACCCCGUCCCGCCAUGGCGCUACCAGCCCCACCGUUCCGCCCGCAGGUCCUCGUGGUUACGUCCCACCUCCCCGAGGCGCGAGCUUCACGGGCCGCGGCGGCAGCAGGGGUGGCUGGCCAGCCGGCCCAGGACGCCAUUCCAUCUCGGGCAGCAGCCAGGCCGGCUCACCCACCGUCCCUCCCGGCGGACCCAGCAGCGGCAUCCCGACAGGGCCCCGAGCCCAGUCCACCUCCUCCGCCUCGGGCUCCCCCUCCCUCACCUCCAAACCCUUCAACCCCCCCACCGGCCCAUCAUCCGGCACCAGCGGCAUCGGCAGCGGCGGCAUCGGCAGCGGGCACCCCCUAGCCGGCCACGCGCGGCCGACGCUGGCGCAGAACCUGCUCAACACGAUGCCGCCGCUGAUCCCGGGGGGCAAGAUCGACCCGUCUUCGCUGCCGAUCGAGCUGGACCCGCACCACCGGCGGCUGCGCGAGGAAGAGGAGCGGCUGCGCGAGGAGCUGCGCGCCAAGCAGGAGAAGCUGCGCAAGAGCCUGCGCGUGUGGGACAAGCUCGAGCGCGAGAGCAAAGGGUUCGAGCUCAAGAGUGAUUUGAGCGAGCGGAGCUUGAAGAAUAUCGCUGGUGAGGGGUUGGGGGGGGCGGCUUUUUAG